UUUUCCCCAUGCUCAAGGAAUCACUCCGAUAACCACAUAUAUUGAAAAACUCGCUUCAAUAAUUUCUUGUUGGCUUAGUUCCAUUGGAGAUCAAAAUGCCGGCAGCGACACCAAAAGAUCAUGGUCAACCCGGAGUCCAUGAAAAUCAUCCUCCUUCGUAUGGAGUUGAACUGCCGGUUAUAAACCAACCAACGGCCCAAGGAGGUCCUCCAGCCAACUGGAUGCCCAUGCCCGCAGGCAUACCACCAAACUGUCCCCCAGGAUUAGAGUACCUUAGCAUGAUCGACCAGUUGCUCGUCCACCAAAAAAUCGAACUCUUCGAAGCUAUAACCGGUUUCGAAACGAAGAAUAAAUUCAAAAUAAGAAACACCCUAGGACAGGACGUUUACUACGCGGCCGAAGACUCCGACUGCCUCGUCCGCUACUGUUGCGGUCAAAUCCGCCCCUUCGACAUGAAAAUUUUAGACAACUACAAAACCGAAGUGAUACACUUUUACCGACCCUUAGCUUGCCAAGGUUGUUGCUUUCCCUGCUGCCUACAAAGUAUGGAAGUGUCAGCGCCCCCUGGAACUAUUCUGGGGACAAUCCAGCAAGAAUGGAGCAUUUUCUAUCCAACUUUUGCUGUUAAAGACGCCAAUGGGGAUACGAUUUUGCGAAUUGAAGGCCCGUUUUUUACCUGCAGUUGUUGUUGUAAUGAUGUAGAGUUUAGGAUUACGUCAGCUGAUGGCAAGACUGAUGUUGGGAAAAUUACGAAACAAUGGUCUGGUGUGUUAAGGGAGGCGUUUACUGAUGCUGACAAUUUUAGUAUUUCGUUUCCGUUGGAUCUAGAUGUGAAAAUGAAGGCUGUACUAAUGGGUGGUUUGUUUUUAAUUGACAUCAUGUUCUUCGAGAGAAGUGGGAAUAAUUAACAACACCGUUUUUAUAGAUAUUUUAUUAUUAAUAGCAGUGCCGAAACUAGCUAUAGGCCGAGUAGGCCCUUGCCUAGGGGCGCCAACGACAAGGGGCGCCAAAUUCGUCCAAAAAUGUUGUUGUAUAGUUUCGAAAAUUUCAUUGUACCCUAUAAAAUUUUAUUGGCAAUAACGAGACGCACAGUAGUACAAUAGCAAGAGAUAUUUACAACUUAAGUUGUCGCGUGCCGGUAAUCCCCAGAUGUUAGAAACCAGAAUAAUCCAGGUCCGGGCUGGGACCAUCGUUACUUAUGAACGGAAAUGAGCAUUAUUUUAUGAGGACAACUACCUGCCAAAUAUUCUCAGACAAGUUCGAGUGAACUGGUGUGAGCCAUAAAUAUUUCUUACCAUUGUACUACUGUCCCUCUCGUUAUCGUCAAUAAAAUUUUAUAGGGUAGAAUGAAAUUUCCAAAACUAUACCAAGAAUUAUGUCAUAUUAAUCUUUUUUUAUUUUGAACGGAAGCUCAGAAACAUGUAACCGGUGCGACAGGUUUUUUAAUGUUGAUUUUAUUUUGAACUUAUAUAAUAUUUAUAGAUUUAUACAUAUUAUAUACCUAUAUGUAUAAUCUCGAAUUUUUUUCUUUUUUUUAUAUUUUAUCAUAGUAUCUGUUUUGCAUACUUAUUAAAAAAUAUAAAUAAAACUGUUCUGUAAAA